UGAACGUCAACACUCGAGAUGGCUAUCAUGAGGUCUCCACUUCACACCUUCUGGACCGAGAACAUUUGAAACACCUGCUGGCUGAGGAGGACACGAGGUUCUUGAUCAACAUAUGGUAUCCGCGUGUGCUUGUUCUCUCAGAGUCUGACGUAACCACGUCGCACCCGACAUUGUAUCCGAUACAACAAUCGAAAAUACGCAAGCAGUCGCGCACCAGCUCUCAAGACGGUUUGGAGCGCGGUAAUCCGCCUUUUCCGAACCCACCGGUCGCAAGGCUGUGUUGCGAUCACGUGAUCACCUCUUCUCCUAUCACAUGGGCUCUCACGAUUGACCUUCACGUGUAUGUCUUGGCAACAACCCCAGAUUCAGAGUUAUACUUUUAUGUUCUUGCGGGUCCCUCGUGCUUGCAGCAUCAUUGCCUCAGCUGCGAAUUGUCGUCCACCGAGGCCAUUUACAAGAAGUCUUACCACGGCCACAAAAACCAUGCUCGAUCCGACCCAGCCUGUACACUGGAUCUUGGAUUGGGACGGCACGAUAAGUCAACACGAUACACUUGAUGCGCUCGUUAGUAUAUCGGCCUCUGCAAAGCCUGGUUCACCUGUCUUGGAUGAAUGGAAUCGGGUCUCAGAAGCCUAUGUAUCCGAUUAUACCGCCGCCAUAGCGAGACUUGCCCCUGAGGGCAACUUACCAAAGACGAUACAAAAGGAGAAGUUGCUGCUUCACGCACUCAAGAGUGUAGAACAGGCUAGUCUUGACCGUGUAUCCUCUUCUGGUAUUUUCGCAGGGUUGACCAGAAAGCUGCUGGGGGAGGGCACGAACGAGCUGAUUAAAUCCAAGAGGGUCGAGAUACGUCCUGGUUUUACUGAGUUUUUAGGCUUCAGUCAAACCCGUGGUAAUGACCAUAUGAAUCUUUUAAGUGUCAAUUGGAGUCGCUACUUUAUCGACUGUUGCCUAGGAGCUGCAGGGGCAACAAUCCAAAGAGACUCGAUCUAUGCGAAUGAGCUGGAUGGCAUCGAAUGUGGCUCGGUUUCGCACGGCCAGAUCGGCCCAAGCAGUGACGCAGAUAUGUUAAUCAUCUCCAGCGGCGACAAGCUGGAACACAUGGAUCGGUUACGCAAACAGCAUCACGAGUCGAGAAACUCUAAUGCCGCGCUCAGCACGCCGGCGGUGUACGUUGGAGACAGCUGGACCGACAUCGAAUGCCUCCUUGAAGCAGACUUGGGUAUUUGCAUUCGCGACGAACCACUCAGUAGCUCACAGAAAAAGCUAUCAGAACGAUUGCAAAGCCUGGGCGUCCGUUGUCCUCACUUGUCAGCCUGGAGUGAGUCGGACGCGGUGCAAGUGGUAUGGGCUCGGAAUUUCCACGAAAUCAAAGAAUGGGUGCAAAUGAGAAAGACUUGAGAACCAUGGGGUAUCUAGUUGCGCGUUGUGGGAUGGUUGACUGCAGGACGGACUCUUUUUAUCGCAUACAUUCACAUGUGUGUACCAUGGACGUAUAGCGUCGACAUAUGGAAUGUUGGGUGUAUGGUGAGUGUCAAUGGUUUAAAUGAACGGUCUAUAGCUGAACUCAGUCUUCCUUACAGAUCUGGGACGCUUUCGAGGGCG